CAAUUUUUCAUAUCCACAGCGAAGCUUGGUGCAUUAUUGUUUUUAAUUUCUAGGGUUUAUGUUUCUGUGUGAUCCAUUUGAAGGAGGAAGGAAGAAGCAUGAACGUUUGUGGUUGCUGGGUGUCAUCGAUGAAGUUUCCCCUAAGGUCUAGGUGCCGCUUUUCGAAGCCCCUAUUCUCUGUUUCCUCUUCUUCUUUCAUUCCAAAUUCUUCUUCUACUUCCGUAACAACCAUCGCCACAGAACAGAAGGAACCUUGGUUAAUUGUUGGCCUCGGCAAUCCUGGCAAGAAAUUCGCUGCUACACGUCACAAUGUGGGCUUUGAGAUGGUUGAUACCAUAGCUGAAGCCGAAGGGAUAUCUAUGACCAGCGUUUCUUUCAAAGCCUUAUUUGGAAAAGGUUUUAUAGGUGACGUACCGGUUAUACUUGCAAAGCCACAGACUUUUAUGAAUUCAAGUGGUGAAUCUGUCGGGGCCAUAGUUUCAUAUUACAAGAUUCCAUUGAAGCAAGUACUUGUGAUCUUUGAUGACUUGGAUUUGCCUUUUGCAAAAUUGCGGCUGCUACCAAAGGGUGGACAUGGAGGUCACAACGGAAUGAAGAGUGUUAUUAAUCACUUUAAAGGGAAUGUUGGUUUUCCCCGUUUAAGAAUUGGUAUUGGACGGCCUCCUGGGAAAAUGGAUCCUGUAGCAUUUGUUCUUCGCACGUUCACUAAACAGGAAAGGGAAGAGUUGAAUUUUACAUUACAACAUGGAUUAGAAGCUGUACGGAUUCUUUUGCUGGAGGGAUUUGAUAAAAGUGCAACAUUUGUUAAUAGUGCCAAGAAGAUAGAGCAAUUAGGUUGAAGAAUUGCUUACUGAAGGAUAUCCUUUAGGCAAGUACAAACACAGGAUCCUGUUGCAAGGAGAUACAAGUUUUCUU